AUUUCUGAAAAAUUCCCCUUUAAAAGUACCGGACCUACUCUCAUUUCUCUUCGCACAGCCCCCGCCGCCAUCAUCACCAGUCUGUUACAGCUUCGCUUUCUCUUCUGACCCAAUCCUUUCUCGCCUCGUCUUCUUGUUGCGACCAAGUAUUGAAAAAUCAAGUUAGUGCAAAUGGCGGGAAAAUCUAGUAAGGGAAGGAACCGGAGAGGGUCACACAAUUCAACAACUUCUUCAGAGCAAGCUGUCUCCUCAGAUGUUCCCUUGAAGGAUAAUGUAACUGCUUCCAAGCCUCCUAAUGUUGCCUCUAAUGGAGUUGCAAACGUGGUUGAAUCAUCUGGUCCCAAGUCAGAAAUGACAGAGCAAGAAGCUUUGGAUUCAUCAAGCCAACAAAAGCAAGGUGACCUUCAUCUUUAUCCGGUGCCUGUUAAAACACAAAGCGGAGAAAAGCUUGAACUGCAGUUGAAUCCUGGAGAUUCUGUCAUGGACAUACGGCAAUUCCUUCUUGAUGCUCCAGAGACCUGUUACUUCACAUGCUAUGAUUUACUGCUGCACAUUAAGGACGGUUCAACUCAUCAUUUAGAAGACUAUAAUGAAAUUUCUGAAGUAGCUGACAUUACUAUCGGUGGUUGCUCCUUGGAGAUGGUUGCUGCAUUAUAUGAUGAUAGAUCCAUCAGAGCUCAUGUUCACUGCACAAGAGAUCUACUUUCCCUUUCUACACUUCAUGCCUCGCUCUCAACUUCACUUGCAUUGCAGUAUGAGAAGGCACAAAGUAAAGCUUCCAAUUCAGGAGAUGCUGCAAAAAUUGAAGUUCCAGAGCUUGAUGGCUUGGGCUUUAUGGAGGAUGUUACUGGAUCAUUAGGUAAAUUACUGUCCUCAUCUUCAAAGGAGAUCAAAUGUGUGGAGAACAUUGUUUUUUCGUCCUUCAAUCCUCCACCAAGCUAUCAAAGGCUUGUUGGGGAUUUGAUCUAUUUGGAUGUAGAAACUUUAGAGGGUAACAAAUACUGUAUUACGGGAACCGCAAAGAUAUUUUAUGUCAAUUCAAGCACUGGGAACAUUCUUGAUCCCAGACCAAGCAAAGUUGGUUAUGAAGCAACAACUCUCGUUGGACUCUUGCAGAAAAUUAGCUCUAAAUUCAGGAAAGCUUUCCAUGAGACUAUGGAGCGGAAGGCCACUGCGCAUCCUUUUGAAAAUGUUCAAUCUUUGCUUCCACCAAAUUCAUGGCUGGAAUCAUAUCCAGUUCCUGAUCACAAACGCGAUGCAGCCAGAGCAGAGGAUGCAUUAACUCCUUCAUAUGGGAGUGAGUUGAUUGGCAUGCAAAGAGAUUGGAAUGAGGAACUGCAAUCUUGUCGAGAGUUCCCGCAUACAACUCCUCAAGAAAGGAUCCUGCGGGAUAGGGCUCUCUAUAAAGUGACCUCAGACUUUGUUGAUGCAGCAAUUAGUGGUGCUGUUGGAGUCAUCAACAGAUGUAUACCACCUAUAAAUCCAACUGAUCCUGAGUGCUUUCACAUGUACGUUCAUAACAACAUAUUCUUCAGUUUUGCUGUUGAUUCGGAUAUGGAACGACUGUCCAGGAAACGUUCAGUAGAUACUUAUUCAAAUUCUGAGAGCAGAAACGAAGCUGCAGGUAGCAUGAAUCCAAACGAGGUAAGAUCAAGCAUGGGGGGAAGUGAUAGUGUAACAGAAUUGGCUCAAGGGUCUGUUGAGACACCAUUGGCUGAGAGCGAGCAGGCUACAUAUGCUUCUGCAAAUAAUGAUUUGAAAGGCACAAAGGCAUAUCAGGAAGCUGAUGUCCCUGGACUUCAUAACCUUGCUAUGGCCAUAAUUGAUUAUAGAGGUCAUAGAGUGGUGGCGCAGAGUGUCUUACCUGGCAUUCUCCAAGGGGAUAAAUCAGAUUCUCUCCUUUAUGGAUCUGUUGACAAUGGAAAAAAGAUCUGUUGGAAUGAAGAUUUUCAUUCAAAGGUACUUGAAGCUGCCAAACGCCUUCAUUUGAAGGAGCACACGGUACUUGAUGCAUCUGGGAAUGUUUUCAAAUUGGCUGCUCCAGUGGAAUGCAAGGGCAUUGUUGGUAGUGAUGACAGGCAUUAUCUUCUGGAUUUGAUGAGAGCAACUCCUCGUGAUGCAAAUUUUAAUGGACCAGGAUCUCGAUUUUGUAUAUUGAGAUCAGAACUAAUUAUUGCUUUUAUCCAGGCUCAAGCUCCAGAAAGCUCAAAAUCUGUGUCUAAAUCUGAGGGAGAGGUUAAUGUUGCAAUCGAUUCUUCAAAAUCUGAGGGAGAGGUUAAUGUUGCAACAGAUUCUUCAAAAUCUGAGGGAGAGGUUAAUGUUGUAACCGAUUCUUCAAAAUUUGAGGAAGAGGUUAAUGUUGCAACUUAUUCUUCAAAAGCUGCUGUUGACGAAGCACCAGUGGCUACAGAUGCUCAUGAAGCUGCAACUUCUGAUCAUGAUCAGGGUACAACCAAGGAAGAUAAAAAUAAGGUUGAUACACAAUGUGCUUCUGCAUCUGUUAAAAGUUGUGAAACACAUGAGAUAUUAUUUAACCCCAACGUUUUCACCGAAUUUAAAUUGGGUGGGAGUCAAGAGGAGAUAGACGCUGAUGAGGAAAAUGUAAGGAAAGCUAGCUCUUAUCUUUUAGAUGUUGUUCUUCCCAAGUUUAUACAAGAUCUUUGCACGCUGGAAGUUUCACCCAUGGAUGGCCAGACACUGACAGAAGCACUUCAUGCACAUGGAAUUAAUAUCCGAUACAUUGGGAAUGUAAUCUUUAUGAAUUAUGCGGGUUGCCAUGGGACAAAACAUCUUCCUCAUCUUUGGGAUCUUUGUUCUAAUGAGAUUGUUGUCCGGUCAGCAAAGCAUGUCUUGAAGGAUGUUUUGAGAGAUACAGAGGAUCAUGAUCUGGGACCUGCAAUUGCACAUUUUUUUAGCUGUUUAUUUGGAAGUUGCCAAUCUGUUGGUGCAAAAUUGACUUCUAGCACACAGUCCAAAAACCAAAAGAAAGAGCAAGCAAGUCACCAAUCUUCAGGCAAAACAUCAAAGGGACAUUCCAGAUGGAAGGGUAAAGCAUCUGCAAAGAAGAAUAUUUCUUAUUAUAUGAAUGUCAGCUCUGAAAGUUUAUGGUCUGAAAUUCAGAAAUUUGCAAAAUUGAAAUAUCAGUUUGAGUUGCCAGAGGAUGCAAGAUCACGGGUGAAGAAAAUUUCUGUCUUACGCAAUCUAUGUCAAAAGGUGGGUAUAACUAUUGCUGCUCGGAAGUAUGAUUUGAAUGCUGCUACACCCUUUCAUACAUCGGAUAUCUUGAAUCUCCAACCUGUAGUGAAGCAGUCAGUUCCUGUAUGUUCAGAAGCUAAAGAUCUUAUAGAGAUGGGAAAGGUCCAAUUAGCUGAAGGCAUGCUUACUGAAGCGUACACAAUAUUUUCAGAGGCCUUUUCAAUACUUCAACAGGUCACUGGGCCAAUGCACCGGGAGGUUGCCAAUUGCUGUCGGUACCUUGCUAUGGUUUUGUAUCAUGGGGAUAUGGCCGGGGCCAUAAUGCAACAGCACAAAGAACUAAUUAUAAAUGAACGUUGCUUGGGUUUGGACCACCCUGAUACUGCUCAUAGUUAUGGCAAUAUGGCUCUUUUCUACCACGGCCUGAGCCAGACAGAACUGGCACUACAGCACAUGUCCAGAGCACUGCUUUUGCUAAGCCUAUCCUGUGGCCCAGAUCAUCCUGAUGUUGCUGCUACUUUCAUAAAUGUUGCAAUGAUGUAUCAAGAUCUUAAGAAGAUGGAUACAGCACUUCGUUAUCUGCAAGAAGCCUUGAAAAAGAAUGAAAGGCUGCUUGGCGAGGAACAUAUUCAAACAGCUGUAUGCUAUCACGCACUUGCAAUUGUGUUCAACUGUAUGGGUGCCUUCAAACUUUCGCAUCAGCAUGAGAAGAAAACAUACAACAUUCUCGUAAAACAGCUUGGUGAGGAGGACUCAAGAACAAGAGACUCCCAGAACUGGAUUAAGACAUUUAAAAUGCGUGAACUUCAGAUGAAUGCUCAAAAGCAAAAAGGUCAAGCUUUAAAUGCAGCUUCUGCUCAAAAGGCAAUUGAUCUCUUGAAGGCUCAUCCAGAUUUGGUGCAUGCAUUCCAAGCCGCUGCUGCAGCUGGAGGAUCUGGGAGUUCCAGUGCAUCUUUCAACAAGUCUCUGAAUGCAGCAAUGAUUGGCGAGACUCUACCUCGUGGACGAGGAUUUGAUGAAAGAGCAGCUCGAGCCACAGCGGAAGCAAGGAAGAAGGCUGUUGCCAGAGGUCUUUUGACUCGCUCGCAUGGAAUACCAGUCCAAGCUGUGCCCCCGUUAAGUCAGCUUCUUAAUAUGACCAAUAUGGGGGCAACUCCAGAGGUAGGAGAUGGGGGAGAAGCUGCCGGAGAGAGUAAGGAAGCAAAUGGGCAUCAUAAUCUAGAUGCUCCAGUUGAUACCAAAAAAGAUGAGUCAACAUCCAAGCAAGGAGAAGAGGCAGCAGCACCUGUUGGAUUAGGCACAGGUCUGGUUUCAUUGAAUGCUAAAAAGCAGAAAGCAAAACACAAAGUCACAUCUUGAAAUUGACGUGUGUAGCUUGAGGAUUGUUUUUUUCAUCCUUGGUAGUUAUCGAUUGCAAGUCCGGAGCAAGAAUUCAAAGUUGCAAUAUACAUUGUUUUAGUUUUUUUGCCCCCCAAUAAUCUGGCAUGAAAUCAGCUUGUUGCUAAGCACAGGGCAGCAUCUGAGGCGACUAGGAUUUUGGCAUUUUCAGUCAGUUGUGUUCCUUUUGGACUUGUCAUUUUAGGAUUCAAGUAUUUGGUAUUGAAGUGUAAUGAAAUGAGCUUCCUUUCCUAGGUUUCGUUCUCUCAUAAUAGCGUUUUCCAUUAUUGUAUGCUCGUACAAACAAUUUUACUUUGUUUUGAACAGACCUCAAUUUU